AUGAGUGAUGAAGAAUCAGAAGAUGAAAAUAGAUCCAAAUUCAAGUUAUCUAAGACUCAUCAAUUAAUUAAUUAACUUGAACACAAACUUUCAAUUCUUGACUAAAAAAAUGCACCUAAUCUCUAUCCAAUAUCAAGAGAUUCACAUCUUAAAAGUAAAUAAGAAUUGGAAAGAGAAUUAUAAUAAUUUGAAUAAAGAAUGAGAAAACUUAAUCAAUCAGAAAACUCCUAGUUACACUCAUCAUAAGCAAAAUCAAUCCCAAAGCAAUCACCAUAGAAGUUGAAUCUAUCUAAUCCUAUUUUAUAAUUAUUAACUCAAAAAUUAGAAAGUUUUGAUGAGGAUAAAAAUACUAUGUUAACAUCGAAAUAAGAUCAUUUUCAUAGAGAAUAAUAAAUAUUAGAAUAAGAAUAAAAUAAUUUGUUAAGAGAAUAAUAAUAAGCAAAAUUUGAAUUGGAAUCAUUGUUAAGAGGUUUAGAAAUUGAAGAAUAACGAAAAUUGAAUGAAUAAAAGAUAUCAAUUCUUAAGGAAUAAGAAGAAAAAUUAUUUGAUAUUUAGGAAUAAAGUGAAAAGCUAAUAUAAGAAGAGGAAGAAAAAAAGACGAACUUUUUAUUGGAAUUGUAAUAACUAUCUUUUGAAAAAAAUCAAUUACAAGCUUAAUUAUAAAACUUCGCAAGAGAAUAAGGCAUGUUAAUUAGUAAUCGAGAUGAAAUAUCUAAUUAAUUAAAUACAUUGAUGUAAUUGCAUAAUCAAAUACUUUAAAAUGAUUUAAAAAAGAAAGUAGUUCAUCUUGAUGCUUCUCCUCUGCAGAAUCUUUAUUAGAUGAAUUAACAAAUUCAAGAAUCAAUGAAUCAAUAGCUAUCUUUAAUCAGACAAGAAUUGAAUGAACAAAAAUAAAUUAAUUUAGAUCUCCUAUAGGUUCUUAGCGGAGAAUAGCAACAAACACAUAGAUAAAUUGUUUCAACAGAGAUGCAAUAAUAGUUAGAAUAACAAUAAUAAUUGUAAUAAUAAUCAAAUUCUUAAAUUCAAUUCCAAAACAACACUUGCCAAAAUCUAAAUGAAAAUUUGGAAAGCGAGGAAAGUAACAUUAUGUUUCAAAAAUAUAAUAACUAAAAUGCUAAUCUAUAUAUAUAAAAAGAUUUUAAUUAGCUUUUUGAAAAGCAUAAGAAAUAAUUAUUUAAGCCAAAAUAAAAACUAUAUUUGAAAUAAAACAAGGCUACUGUAGAAAAAAGGAAAAGGUCCAUAGAUGCAGCAUAAUCUAAAUCAAAAUCUAAGUCAAAAGAAAAGGAGAAUUUUAUAUUGAAAGAUAAAGAAAAAAAGAAAACUCCCUUAUCAUUUGAGGAAACAUACAAAAGACACAUCCAAGAUUAAUUAAAGAAACUUAAUUUUAUUGUCGAAAAAUCUUUAAAUAAUAAAUGA